UACCUCAUUCAUCGUGAACCCUAGCGCCAGCGCCAUUUCGCGACAGCCUUGCAGAGCACUGCCGGCCGAAGGAGCUCCGAGCCCCCGUUCCACCGGAAGUCCCAACCACUGUACCAGAGCUUUUCUUCUUGUUGCAUCUUCACUUCUAGCGUUCGACUGUUUAUGUUAAACCUUCGACUCUUCGGGCCCACCAGAUUCAACUGGAAGGAGUUGAUGCUCUCAUAACCAAGUGUGUGGUGGUUCAAUGGCAGUACCUGCAAUAAAGUCUGGGGAAUUGGUCUCUCUACAAGAUCUGCACCCAUCUUCACCAUUCUUUAAGCAAGGGGCUUCACUUAGAAUUACUGGAAAGCUACAAGAGUAUUCUGUAGAGACAGCCAUAGCCAGAGUUGUUUAUGGUGGUGGCAUUUUAAAGAUCAACACUGAACACUUGAGGGACCUUCACAUUAGAGUUGGCUCCAUUUACCAAUUCAUCGGUGAACUAGUUGUUCUAUCAGACAAUGAGGCAAUACUGCAUGCACGUGUCGGUAGAAAUGUUGAUGGCAUUGAUCUCAACCUCUAUCAUCAGUCUCUGCAGCUUGUGAGACAGUUUCAAGCUGAUCACAUGAAGAGUCAUACUUAAUUCUGAAAAUACUCUCUUUGGGAAUUCUUGCCAGCACAGGUGAUCCAGGUAAGCGAGCAAACCAGGCUUGCAGAUAGAGGGGCUUCAGUAGUGCCCUGUCAGAGAGUGAGUAUAUUUUGGGAGUGUUUUUUUUGUAUAUCCCAGCAUGGUUGAUGGUAUUUUGGGGAAAUAGAUAUAUGUGUUUAUUUUGGAGAAACAUUAUAGUACUCUGGUAUUGGUAUUGUAUAGUAUGUAUAAUUACAUAUGGUUAUGUUCAAUUGAUUUCCGCUUCUUGCUGCUUAAAUUAA